AUGCUGACACGGAUGAGAUCCGCCGUUUCCCACAUGAUCGGCGGCAUCAUGGCUUCUGGUGGUGGUGCAAGUGAGGAGAAUGAGAAGGACAGCGGUGCAAAUCUACCGCCCAGAUUCCCGUACUGUCGACCCGAUUUCCUCGGCCUGUGUGCGGAGGAGUUGGAGUGUUUGACUGAUCACAUCUCCAGACCGAUUCUGCACGUCAAGGAAGGCGAGCGACUGCCCUGGUCCACUGGCUAUGCAGAGGUGAUUAAUGCUGGUAAGAGUGCUCUGAAUGAAGACCAUGCCUGCUGUGAGGUGGUGGAGCUGAGGAAAAGACCUGCAGAUCCCGCCAGUCCAAGCUACACUCCCACUAACAGGAGACGAGCUUCACUACCGACUAGAGAAUCUCUGGAUUCAAAAGAGGAUUCUCUCAUUCAGGAGAGCUUGCAUGAAGAGGAAGAUCUGUAUUUCCACUAUUGGGCACUCUUUGAUGGCCAUGCUGGUUCAGGUGCUGCCAUCUUUGCGUCCAAGCUCCUACAUCUGCACAUUGAGGAGCAGCUGCAGAGUGUGCUGGAAAUCCUGCAGAAACCUUCACUGCAGCCCCCUACAUUUCUUGGUGAAGAGACCAGCUUGCACGUUCACCCGAGUGGAGGUUCAUCACAGCGAGUGCUGUCCAGAGUCACGUCACUGAGGGGUGCUGCGGGAGCACCAGGUUCACCCAACACACUAGUUCCACGGUUCCUCAUGGAGAAGAAAGUGAAGCAGGAGAGCCUGGUGAUUGGGGCAAUUGAGAAUGCUUUCAAAGAGAUGGACAAACAUAUUGGCCGAGAGAAGUGUGUGUAUGAUAUCUCUGGAGGGUGUACAGCUUUAGCGGUUGUAUACUUGUUGGGGAAGCUUUAUGUGGCCAAUGCAGGAGACAGCAGGGCCAUAAUUCUACGUAGUGGGGAAAUCAUCCCAGUGUCAAGUGCCUUCACUCCAGAGACAGAAAGACAGAGACUUCAGUGUUUGGCUUAUAUGCAGCCUCACUUGUUGGGAAAUGAGUUCACACACUUGGAGUUCCCUAGAACAGUUUGCAAGAAGGAGGUUGGAAAGAGAAUGCUGUACAGAGACUACAGCAUGAAAGGCUGGGCAUAUAAAACUGUGCAGGAGGAUGACCUGAAGUUUCCACUGGUUUUUGGAGAGGGGAAGAAGGCCCGAGUGAUGGCCACUAUUGGUGUUACCAGAGGAUUUGGUGAUCAUGAUCUAAAAGUUCAUGGCACAGACAUCUCCAUUAAACCUUUUCUAUCCUGCAGUCCAGAGGUGAGAGUGUACAACUUGGAGCAGUUUGAGCAUGGGGCUGACGAUGUCAUGAUUUUGGCUACAGAUGGCUUAUGGGAUGUUCUCUCCAAUAAGGAAGUGGCUGAGGCAGUUACUAGUUUCCUUGGAAACUGUGACCCUGACAACCAUCACAGGUAUACAUUGGCAGCCCAGGAGUUGGUGAUGAACGCUAGAGGGUUACUUACUGAACAAGGCUGGAGGACAACGAAAGGUAGACUGGGUUCUGUUGAUGACAUAUCUGUUUACAUCAUUCCUCUAAUGUUCGGAAACAGACAGCCACAAUCAAGGUGACUCACAGAGAGACACGGAUCAAAGGACAUUGAAUGAGGAAGUUUAAACCAUUUGCAGGCUUUCACUGGCUGAAUUUUGACUUAUGACCGAAUGCCUGGAGUAUACAUUU